AUGCAAAUGUCAUUGCCUUGCGUAAAAAAACCCGAUGUCAUCACCUGCAAAGCUGCGGUGGCAUGGGGAGCUGGAAAGCCUUUGGUGAUAGAGGAAGUGAAUGUGAAUCCACCUCAGGCAAUGGAGAUAAGGAUCAAAGUCGUCUGCACCUCUCUCUGUCGCAGUGACAUCACUGCCUGGGAGUCUCAGGCGAUUUUUCCUCGAAUAUUUGGCCAUGAAGCAACAGGGAUUGUCGAGAGUGUUGGGCAGGGAGUUACUGAGUUUACUGAAGGGGACCAUGUGCUAACAGUCUUCAUUGGAGAGUGCGGGAAAUGCAGGCAAUGCAUAUCAGGUAAAAGCAACAUAUGUGAAGUACUGGGGCUGGAAAGGAGAGGUGUAAUGCACUGUGAUCAGAGGACGCGCUUCUCCAUAAAUGGGGAGCCCAUUUAUCAUUAUUGUGCAGUUUCAAGUUUCAGUGAAUAUACGGUGGUGCACUCGGGAUGUGCUGUCAAAAUCAGCUCAGUUGUGCCUCUGGAGAAAGUAUGCCUUCUCAGUUGUGGAGUAGCUGCAGGCUUGGGUGCAGCUUGGAAUGUUGCUGAUAUAUCUAAUGGAUCAAGUGUGGUGAUAUUUGGUCUUGGGACUGUAGGCCUUUCUGUUGCACAGGGUGCUAAGCUUAGGGGAGCAUCUCAAAUAAUUGGUGUUGACACUAAUCCUGAAAAGGGUGAAAAUGCAAAAGCUUUUGGAAUUACAGCAUUUAUCAACCCUCAUGACAGCAAAGAUCCUAUUCAACAGGUUAUUAAGAAUCUGACAGGUGGAGGGGCUGAUUACUCAUUUGAAUGUAUAGGUGACACUGGAAUGGUAACUACUGCUUUGCAGGCAUGUUGCGAUGGAUGGGGGUUGACAGUUACACUUGGUGUGCCAAAAGUGAAGCCGGAGGUAACAGCUCAUUAUGGAAUAUUUCUUACUGGAAGAACGUUGAAGGGAUCUCUAUUUGGAGGAUGGAAACCUAAAUCUGAUCUCCCUUCAUUAGUAGAUAUGUACACAAAAAAGGAAAUCCAAGUCGAUGAGUACAUAACACAUAACCUGCCAUUUGAAGAUGUCAACAAAGCUUUCAAUCUCAUGAGAGAAGGGAAGUGUUUGCGUUGUGUAAUCCACAUGGCAAAGUAA